CCCCAGGCUGGCAGGAGGGUCCUGCAGCUGAAGACCCAACUGGCCACCCUGACCAGUGCCCUGUCCACUGUCACGCAGGAGAAGUCCCGCAUGGAGGCCUCCUACCAGGCAGACAGGAGGAAGAUGAGGCAGGAGCUGGAGGAGGGGGGGAGGAAGGCGGAGGAGGAGGCGGGGAGGCUGGGAGAGGAGCUGAGCUCCCUGCAGGAGCAGCUGGCAGAGACCAAGGCCAGGCUCAUCACCCAGCAGCACGACAGGGCCCAGGAGCAGGGGGACCAUGCCCUGAUGCUGAGGGAGCUGCAGAAGCUGCUGCAGAGCGAGAGGAACUCGAGGCAGGAGGCAGAGCUGAAGCUGGAGGAGACCAGGGAGGUGCUGGCCGGGAGGGCCACCGCGGCCGAGCGAGCCCAGGGCUACGAGCUGCAGGUCAGGCAGCUGAGCCAGGAGGUGGAAGAGCUGAAGAAGGAGCUGCAGGCUGUGCAGGAGGAGAACAGGCCAGACCCCCGGGUGCAGGACCUGCAGGAGGAGAUGGCCAGCCUGAGGAACCACUUCCAAGUGCAGCUGCUGCAGGAGAUGAGGAAGGCUGCCCAGGCCGAGGAGCAGCUCCGGCAGCGCGCGCAGCUGGAGGAGCGACGCGUGGCCGACCUGGAGGGACGAGUGUCCGAGGUCUCCGAGCUGCUGGGCACGUAUGAGAAGGCCAAGCAGAAGGACCAGGUGGUCAUUCAGAAGCUGAAGGACCGUAUCGUGCAGCUGGACCUGGAGAACAAGACCCUGGCCAUGGCUGCCUCCAGCAGGGCCCCCCUGGAUGUCCAUGAAGAAGCCAACCUGGACGUGAACGUUCUGAAGGAUAAAAUGGAGAAGCUGAAGAAGCUCCUGCAUGUGGCAGCUCAGAAGAGCCAACCCAGCCUGGGCAUUGAAAAGCUGGGUGAGCUGGAGUCUCCAAAGGGCACCGAGGCUGCUGAUGGGGAGAAGGCCACAGCUCUGUACUACCAGCAGGAGCUGAAGCAGCUGAAGGAAGAGUUUGAGAGGUACAAGAUGAGGGCACAAGUGGUUCUCAAGAACAAGUCGGCCAAGGAUGGCAACCUGGCCAAGGAACUGGAGGAGGCUCAGGAGCAGCUGGCUGACCUGAAGGAGAAGUACAUUGCUCUGCAGCUGGCCUCUGAUGAACUGGAGAAGCAGCACCAGCAGGACAUGGAGGCCAAGAAGCAGGAGCUGUCCCAGCUGCAGCAGCUCCAUCGGCAGGAGCUGGAGAGGUGCCAGCUGGAGUACAGGGAACGGGCUCUGAGGCUGGAGGAGGAGAUGCACAAGCAGAGGGACAGAGCUCUGGCUGUGCUGGCAGAGAAGGACCAGGAGCUGGAGCAGCUGAGGUCCCUCACGUUGCCUUAUGGGUUUCCAGGGUCCAAAAACCACCUGAUGUCAGGGCCUGAGGCUCCUGGCGAGGACUCGGCAGGACCUGAUUCCUCAGAGGUUCUGCCCCAGGCUCUUCACCUCUCCAGCAGCAGUGAACCCACCUUCAUCCUCUAUGCUGAGCAGCUGGCUCGGAAGGAGGUGGACAUUGUUGCUCUGAGGAAGCAGAAACACAAGCUGGAGAUGCAGGUUCACCAGCUCCAGGAGAAAAUCCUGGUGGAGGAGGAGAAGCACCGGGAAGAGGUGUCAGCCCUUCAGAGCCAGAUCGAGAAGAACUGCAGGGACAGGAGCAGGGAAGGAGCCAACCUGGAGUACCUCAAGAACAUUGUCUAUAGGUUCCUGCCCCUGCCCGAGUCCCUGGGCCGCCAGCAGACCCUGGGGGCCAUCCUGACCAUCCUGCACUUCAGCCCUGAGGAGAAGCAGACCAUCACCAAGCAGUCAGCCCAGGGCAGCUGGUGGCUUUCUGGGAAGAGAUGA